AUGCCGCUUCCAAAAAGAGUAGUGGAACCCGUUCACGUGUCCAGGAAUACAAUACCUGACGGUUAUCCAUUGCCAUCGGAAUUAGAGGCUGCAACAAAUGGGACUUUGGCCAAUACUGUCAGACAGUUAUCUAGUCUGAGUAGACAUGCAGAAGAUUUGUUUGGUGAAUUGGCUAGAGAAGCCCACGGUUUAUCGGCAAGAGCAAAUAGUCUUCAAGCAAGAAUCGAUCGACUCGCAAUAAAAGUGACUCAACUUGAUAGCACCGUGGAAGAGGUUUCUCUCCAGGAUAUUCAUAUGCGUAAAGCCUUUAAAAGCUCAGUUGUAUUCGAUCAGCAAAUAUUUUCAAGGGAGACCAUGCCCAUAGCAAUGCUCGAAACUUAUCAAUUAUGCGAUAAACCUCCACCCUUAGAUAAAUUGAAUCCCUACAGGGAAGAUGGAAAAGAUGGACUCAAGUUUUAUACGGAUCCAAAUUACUUUUUUGAUUUAUGGAGGCAGGAAAUGUUGAAGGACACAGAGAGAAUGAUGCAUGACAGAGGCAAAAAGCCGCAUCGACCAAAAACAGAAGGAAGUGGUGGAAGACACAAAAAAAGAGUAAGGCAACCACACAACACGAGAGAAAGACAAAGAGAAAUAGCUGUCGGUCAUGGAGAGUACAUAAUGCCCCAAAACAUUCAUUACAGAACGCCUCAACCUCCGGCUAAUCCAGACGAAGCUUUAUUAGGAAUGGAUAAAAUGGUUGUUAUGGAUCCGCGACCCCCUAGACCUAAUAGCAUAGAACUUAGGAGAAAUUACCCUGAUGAAAAUAGCGGAGGGGUUUACAGUCCGAGACACAUCCAAAGCUCAAAUAUUACGGAAAUUCAUUAUCGAUCAAAUUAUGGCAUGGGCUACGACGAAUCAAUAUACCAGUAUCAAUCACAUUACGGUCCGGGUGGUAAGCCAGUUACCGGAAUUGACUAUCCAGACUCCCAGUCUAAUAAUCAUACUCCUAGUCGCAACGGAGGUUCUAGAAUAAAUUCGACUAGACCCUCUCAACCGCCACCCGCUCCUCCAAGCGCUCCAAAUUCCGCUACCAGCACACCGACCAUUUCGUCUAAUAAUAACACUCCCACGAGAGGUCGGAGCAUGAGUGCCGGACGUGAACAACUUCCGCCUCCGCCGCCGCCUCCCAGCGAAACAGUCAUGGCUUCUUCUAACGUCAACGGCCCCGUUGGUGGAUCCCAUUUGUUUUCACGGCAAAACAGUGCCGGCAGCCGACCCGCCAGCCCUCAGCUUCAUUCAAACUCUAGCGAACCCGUUAAGGACCUUCCUCCGCCUCCGCCUGUUUCCGCCUCUCCUCCUGCUAGUAUUCCUCCGCCUCCGCCACCUCCUCCACCCCCUCCUCCUUUCCCCGUUGUCGCUAACGGCCCGGCGAAAUCAUCAACUCCUCUUCUUAACGGUGACGUGGGUAAAUCUCCUUUAAAACAACAAAUCGUAUCUUCUUCUUCUCCACCGAAAGCUUCUCCUCCGAAAACGAUCGAUCCCGCGAGGAAGCCGUCUCAGCCUACUCCGAUUCUCGAUCCUAGAAAUGAUUUGCUUAAAGCCAUUCGCGACGGUAUUAAAUUAAGAAAAGUUGAAAAAAUUGAACAAAAAGAAGUUGAGCGUGUUAAUGCGUUGCACGACGUGGCAUCGAUACUGGCAAGAAGAGUCGCUAUGGAAUUUUCAGAUUCCGAAUCUGGAUCCGAAAGCGAAUAUGAUAGCGAAGGUUGGGGAGAACAAGAAACGAGUGCGUGA